AUGGCUUCUACUGAAGCGCCUCCUAGGCCUCAUGACCGACAUGGCCGCCGACGACCGUUCACCACGUGGAUGCGCCGACUUGCGAACCUCAAGACUCUUCAUACCGACUCGAACACCGACAAUGGCGCGAGUCCACGGCGCUACGCAACACUUCCCAUGACCAUUAAGUCCAAGAAGAGCAAUAUUGCGAAAAACAAUCCCUAUCCUCUUUCCUCCCGCAUCGGCGAACCUCACAGUCACAGUAAUACCACCAAUGGCCAUCUAUCGUUCUCUACGCACAUCACCUCCUCCCAGCGGUCUCGACACAGUUCCCUGUCCCAGUCCCACUCUAAACACUCGGUGUCCAUCUCCCACGACAGCCAAGUUGGCGGUAAUAAAUCAAGAGCACCCACUUUGGCCACACAAGCAGAGACCGCUCUUUCAGAUGCGGCUCCUUCGGGAGUGGGAACAAGCGCGACAGUCGCUACAAAGACCGAUGGCGGCAGAGACAGUACAUUUUCCUCACCGGCGCCGUCCGUCCGGUCUAUGGCUACAACCCUGACCACGGUCCAGUCGAUUGCUGCUCCGUCGCACAACACUAACAACUACAAUAACCCCGGUGGGACACAUAUGCUCACUCAUGCUUCGACUGCAACAAGCAAUCCCGUUUAUUUUGGUGGACAGCCGGCUACCGCUGUACCAGCGCACCUUGCUCCACAUUCGCAUCCGACAACCUACCAUUCCGCCAUAGCCAACAAUGUACUUACAGAUGAUGCCUCGAUCCUCACCCUGGCGUCUUCGUCCAAGCGCCGCCGACGGAACUCAGUCGACACCAACGCGUCUAUCAAAGCACUCGCUCCGGCGUCCAUGUUCGGGGGAAGUCGCGAAUCGCUUCCAUUAUCGGUGCUGUCCGGUACAGUUAUCCACCCUGGUGCUGCGGCAGACACGGUAUCGCUCCGUGGCGAUGCAUCACAUAACACACGCUCAAACCUGAACGCCGAACGAUCCAGUCUGAUCUCGGCAAGUGGAGUGACCGCACCCGCCUUGGCAAGUGAGCGGAAUAGUUAUAUUGGAAGCAAAUACGGAGGCGACACUGCGAGUGUGAGAAGUAAUCUCUUGGGGGCAAGUGCGGGCCAUGGGCGAACCGACAGUCUGAGUGGAAGCAUAGGCGGUCCUAGAGAGAAGGAACGCGAGAAGGAAAAGGACAAAGACAGGGAUCGGGGCAUGGAAAAGGUCGGAGAAUCGGAGAAUGAGAACGGGAACCUAGCUGGGAUGUUCACCGCACCAACCAGUCCACUUGUUGACGGGCCGGGCGAUGGCACAGGUGAAACCAUGUUUACAACAGCCUCCACACUGGAGGGAGUGAGUGCAGCCCUGGAAAAGGACAAAGCCUAG